UAUGAAAACCACUCCUGCCAGACGAGCCCCACCCAUCAACACCCACGCAUCGACUAGGAGGAGCUAAAAAUGGCGUCAAAUGAAGCGGUAUCCUUGAGUCCUGGUAUCAUAUACCUCAGUAGGAUACCUCCUUAUAUGAAACCAAAUAAAGUGAAGCACAUAUUCUCACAGUAUGGUGAGAUAGGUCGAGUGUAUCUACAACCAGAAGAUCCUGCCGUUAGAAAGAGGAGAGUGAAAUUUGGUGGGAACAGGAAACAGAACUAUACUGAAGGAUGGGUCGAGUUUAAGGACAAAAGAAUAGCAAAGAGAGUAGCCUUGAUGCUUAACAAUACCAAUGUUGGUGGAAAGAAGCGAAACUACCACCAUGAUGAUCUAUGGAACUUGAAAUAUCUCUCGAAAUUCAAUUGGACCCAUAUCACAGAAAAAAUAGCAUACGAUAGUGCAGUGAGAAAGCAGAAAUUGCACACUGAAGUCUCUCAGGCUAGGAAAGAAAUUGAUCAUUAUUUGCAAGCAGUGGACAAAAAGAAAGUUAAAACAGCUAUUCUAGAGAGGAAGAGAAAAGCAGGAACACUUGAUGAGGAAGAAGAGGGGAGUAAAAUAACUAGAAAAGUGAAACAAAGAAAAUUGAAUGAGUCCGAAGAGACAGGAACUACGAAUUGCUUGAGUGACAAAAUCUUAUCAAAAAUAUUAAGAUGAUCAUUGUGUUGUACAAUAAUAAUACUAAUUACAGUACAAAACUUUUUUGAGUUUGCAUUUAAAUGAGGGAGAGAUGAGAGCAUAACAAAAAAUCAAACUUUUAUUAUCAUUUGGUUACGCAUGUCCUUGUGUCCAUCUCCUUCCAUUUCAA